AAAAUGUUCACAAAUCAUAAUAAUAUCCUUGUUUUCAUCCCAAAGAAUUUCCUACCGGACAAAUCAGGAUUUAUCCAGGGUUUUUACAAAAAUCACGAAAAUUCCGAGGCCUAUUAUAUUACAAAUUCACAAGUAGUUUCCCAGUGCACAGACCACAUAGGUUAUACGGGAAAGUUCCUCACAGGCGAUUUUUUAGGUAAAAAUACCAUUUUUAUUGAAUAUGGAACGACAAAUAUUCGAGUGAACCAUGAUAGUGGUUCAAUUAUUACACAAGUUUACUAUGAUUACGAAGCUUUCCGAAACAGCAAUGUUCUGUGUAAUAAUGAAGAAGAUACAAAUUAUGGGAUACACAUAAGAGAAUUAAAUGAGAAAUUGGGGCUAAAUAAGCGUAGAACACAUAACAAUAAGCCUAAUAUAUUAUAUUGGCUAAUUGUGUUACUUAAUUUAGUUACUAAAUUAUUUCUGAAGCUCAGGCCUCUAAUGAAAAGCUCAGCAAUUUUCACUCAUCUCGACUCAAAUAUAAAAACCCUAAAAUGGUUUUUGACUGUUUUAAAUGAAGAAAGAAGCUUUUCGCCUAGGAUAGGAAACACUGUCACAGCCAAACUCAUAGACCUUAUUUUAGGCGUAGCAUUCAUAUACGUUUGCAUCGAUUAUAAAUGCCUCAUCAUAUCAAAUUUUGAUCACAUAUCACAGAUAUUCGUCACUAAUCUCCGUGAACUGUUAAUCUACCUUAUGGGCUCUCCGAUAGGCUUAAAACUAAACUACGCCUUCAAUAAUUCACUAGGCAAAUUUUUCUUUUGCCACAUAAACUUAUGGAUGGUAUUUUUGCAUACAAUGCAACCGCUUUUGGAUGCAAUUUUUCUCAUCAUCCUACUGCCGGCCUUAUUAGGAUUCUCAUGUCAGAUUGCCAUAUUUUCCGACAUCAUUUCUGUGGCCACGUUUCACGUGUACUGCAUUUAUAUUUAUGCUGCAAGAUUAUUUUCCUUGCAACUUAGAGGGCUAAUUUCGCUAUGGAGAUUGUUUAUUGGUAGAAAAUCUAAUCCGUUGAGAAACAGGGUGGAUUCUUGCGAAUAUUCUUCGAAUCAAUUAUUUAUCGGUACUUUGGGAUUUACCUUGUUAUUGUUUUUGUUGCCUACGACCACUAUGUACUAUACUGUAUUUGCUGCUUUCCGACUAGCAACCCUUCUAUCUUUUGCAUUGUUGAGCAAAAUCAAAAAUGUAAUCAGCAACAUUCCAUUGUACAUUAUAAUUUUGUGGAUAUUUAGGUCUUCUAGCAUUGCAGGAGCUCCUCAACUAAGCUGGAUACCAACUACAAAUAAUCAGACACAAAUCGAAAUAAAAUUGACUCCACUUUCUCUAGGCCAGAGUAUAGAAAAGUUCACAAAAAAUAAUAAAGAAACUGGCGACAUUGAACCUUCUUUUGGUACUGUUAUUACACAUCUUUUUACGGGCCAACUUAUGUGAUACAAAAAUAAAUAAAGACUUUUGGUACUUAUAAUACACAUUUUAUUUUUUUUAGCUAAAUGUCUUUUAGCUUACGAGUAGUAUUUUUGAGACGCAAAUCAAAUAACUAGGAUGAGCAUAACGGCAUGUUUAUACCUUCAACUAAAUUAUUCCAAAGAAUAAUAACACACUUUAAGGGACUUAUUAUUUGACACUAAGUAAUAAUUAUUAAAAAAAAAAAAAAUUACAAUAAAUAAAUAAUAAAAAAAGUAAAAAUGGAAUAAAAUUUGUAUGUACAGCGCAAAGGGAGUAUUCCCACAAUACAAUAAAUAAGCUUAUCAAAUAUUGUCCGAGGGUUCAAAAAUAAAAUCUUAAUCGUAUGCUCUUCUUAUUACCAAUCACCAUUCUAUAAGGCUAAAAACGUAAUAAUAAUUAUUGAAAGAGAGUUUUUAAGACCAAAAUAUCCCAUAAUCUUUGUGUUAGUUUUAAUCAAGGAUUUUUUCUUGCGGCUAGUUUUUAUGUCUUAUGGAUUAUUGCAUCUUUAUUAUCAAUCAAAUUAUGUAGUUUUAGAAAAAACUUCACUAAACACCUAAAUUCAAUUAAUAAUUAUAUAGUAUGAAAAUAUUCUUUACAACGCAUUUAAAUUCUAUAUUAGUACUAAAUAUUAAAAAGUAAUAUAUUUUUUUCAAAUUAUAAAACAUCCAAAACUAAGGAAACUCUUGUUUUUAAGGAAUUUUUCCCAACUUAUACGAAACUACUGCAUCACAUUUUUCCGGCUUCCAUAGGCAAGCAAAUCAAUCUUGACUAGCUCAAUUUAAAAAAAAUGAUUCCAUGAUUCAAAUUCAUCCAUUCCCAAAUAAUAAUACAGGCAUAUUAUUUUCGGUUCUAUUUAAUUUAUGUCAAAGAAAAAUUAUUGACAUAAAAAAAUAAGAUCACAUUAGGUUUUAGAGACAGUUUUCACAUUAUUCGUGUCUAAUAUAUUGGAUCAAUAUUAAACGAAUAAAUGUUGACUUAAAAUUAUCUAUGAAGAAUAAGUUAAACCUUACAACUAGCUGUUUUUAGGAGCUCUGAUCUGUUAUUUGAAAAAAUGUAAAAAAUAUUCACUUUAUAUUAUGGAUUUUGAAGAAAAAAGUACUCAUUUGUAUUUUGAUACAUGUAACUGCUAGUGUCAAAGUUUCACAUUUUGCCUGUGGUAGUUUUACUGACUACACAGCAUAUUAUACAGCAAACAGCUCAUUGAAGGUCUAAUCUGGUUGUUAAAUUCACAACUUAUACUACACCAGAUCCACUUUUUCAUAGGAUUUCUAGCUUAAUAUUUGAGUAAAAAACAAUAACAAUAAGAGGGCAAAUUGAUCUGUUUGUAUUAUUAUCACAAUAAUAAAAUUACUAAUAUCAGUUCGGUAAUACUGUGCUCAACCAGUGUAUAUUUUUUACAUGUUUGGUCUAGGGCAGGGGAAUUGUAUUAGAGAAAAAAUAUUUCAAAUUUUUUCACUUUUUAGUAAAAUAAUGUACCAAUCCCUUUUUUCAGUCAGAGUGUUCCUAGGCCAGACUAGUUGAUAAGUUUUAACAAACGUUUACUAUUAAAAGUAUCCCCUAUUUUGUUAAUUCGUUGGGUGUACUCAUGACGUGUCGGGAUUUUCUAAUAAAAACAAAAAAACAGCACCGUGAAAAUAAUUGUCUUUCAAAUGAAAACUAUAAUUUAAUUCGUACCUACCUUAGUGCACCGUUUUGUAGUUCUUUGUAAUCCAAGCGACGUUCCAAAGCCUAAAAUACAUAGAUAUUAUUAGCAUAUGUAAUUAGUUACUAAUAUGUAUUUUUCUAAAAUUCUCAAGCAGAGCAUUAUUUGUAUUUAUAAAGUUUAUAGGCCCCCAUGCAGAAUAUUAUUUGAGAAUGUUCUCCCAUUAUAUUUUAGAGUGGGAUAAGUUCCAGAUUAAAACUAGAACUGUUCGUUCGACAACUGAUAAUUAUUAAUAAAAUACUAGCAUUACAUUGAAACAUAUAAAAAGAUAUCAAAAGAGAAAUAGGUGAGAUCGAGGAACAAAAGCCAUCUACUAUGUUAUUUUUAUCACAUAUUCCGUUGCAUUGGUCAGCUUCACUUUUUGAAAAGGUUUAUUACGAAAAGACCGAAAAGUAGUUACAAGUAUCAGUUCUAAUUCUAGACUAAAAGAAAUUAAUUUAUAAUAUUGAAAAUGAAACUUUGCUUUAGUUGCAAAUUGAUUAUUAAUUAAACUAGUAAAAUGUAGAAAUUGCAUAAUGUGUAGCAAGUUAGAAGUGGGUCAAUCGGGUCAAGCGCCUGAGCUUGAGCUCGUGUCUAUAUAUACAGGGUGUAUAACUCCUGCCUUCACAGAAUGAGUUCCUCCUCCUGGCAGGUUCUUUAGUUAGUUCUAUUUCUUGCUCGGUUUCGGCAUCUGUAAAGGUUGGUGCUUUGGUCUCCUUUUUUUUUUUGUAGAAAAGUCUUUUUAAAAAUUAAAAUUAGGAUCAGAACAAUGUAAAGGAAUACAAUCCAUAAGCUGGGCAUAUAACAGUAUUCAGCGUGUUUAAUCUUCAUGUGGUUAAUGGGCAGUUCCUCGAUCCAUCAAUUAUUGUAUGCUGAAUUCUGAAGUAUUUUGCUUUUGCAUCGAGAACUUAGGAAUGUUGAAUAGCAGAAGACUUCCAUAGGUUUUCUCUGAAAAGUUCAAUUUGUUGCCUCUAAAGAAUAUGUCGCAAGGGCCACUUUCAAUCAAAAAGAUUCCUUUUAUUAACUCCUUGGACUCUUUUCUAUUCUCACUCUCUCAAAUACAACAAGAUAUGGAUUUAAAUCUGUAAUAAUUUGGACAUGGUUCUAGGAUAUGUCUAGUUUGGUGAGUGUGCAUUUUUCGGUUUUCUUCAUGAACAGGAUUUCAUUUUCACAAGAUGCGUCGAAGUUUGCGACUAGCUGACUGGAGCAAUGGUAUGUUUGGGUACAUCUGCCACUCAAGGGUUUUAUCAGAUUUUAAAAUAAAUCGAAUAUUAGGGAUUAUGCUGGCGCAUUCUGAUUCAUAUGAAGUAGGAAUUGGCAGGAAAUGAAAUAAGUUAAAUUUAGUCUCAAAAUCUAUUGGUAUUAUGACAGGAAAUAAAUUAUCUUAUUUGCCUCUAUUUUGCAAUUAAUUUUUAUCAUGCUUUCAAAAUCUAGUAGGUAUGUUUUCGUAUUUUAUGUCAAAUGCAAAUUGAUUUUUAUAGUGAUUUGAAAGUUUUUCUAUUUGUUCAACUAACUGCUUAGAUGUUAUGAUGCUUGGGUGUAAGGUAUCUAGUUUACAGAAAGUAAUGGAGUUUUCAAUGUCCUGAAGCAUGUUUAAGAUAUACAGAAUUGCCAACUGAUUAAGAAGAUCCUUUCCAAAAAGUCAGAAUUUUCUUGCAUCAUUUGACUCAAUAAUUGCAUUAUUCUUGAUUGUGGAAUAAUUUCGUUGUGUUGAAUAUUUUUUAUUGUUCCAUUGAAAUUUUCUACUAUCUAUAUUAAAUGAAUACUGCAUGUUUAAUUGGUCCAUAAUAUUUUCUUGAUUACGUUCAAGGUCAUUGAGGAUUUUAUGGAAUCUUUUACUGUCAUCAUAUGUGCUAAAUUUCCUGUUAUUUCUUCCCUAAUAUAGCCUAACCCGUUAAAUAAAGUUUGCCUUACGAGUCUAGCACUACGACGUCUGAAGGGCAAGGGGGAAUAACGCCAUUCAUUUCGAGUUUUAUGCAGCCUGUCAUAGGUGUGCGCCCAGCGUUUUUAAAUAUUACUUUUUCUUUAUAAAUGUAGGUGUUAACAUAGAUAAAUAUCAAGGUAUUUUCUAUUGGAAGUCAAAUAGGCAAUAUUGCAAUUCUAUUAUCCGCAUUCUUUCCAUAGUGCUAGACUCGUAAGGCGAACUUUAUUCCCCUUUUGCCUCUGAGGGUAGCAUGAAAGUAAAUAUUGUCAAUUUUUUGGCGAAUGUAAUUUUGGGUUAAGUUUAUAGUAUUUAUAUAGCUACUGGUUUCACGAAUCAUGCUGCUAUUUUUAAAAGCGUUUUUUAGGUUGUCAAAUUGAAUAUUCAGGUUUUUAAACUCACUAAACAAUGGUUCUAAAUUGUAUUGGUGUACGAACGUUGGAGAUUUAAAAGUCCUAGGUCUUUGAUUCCUUGGGUUAUGGAUGUGUGGAUGAGGUGGAUGGUCCUGGAAAGGAUUGAAACAUGUAAGGUUUUUUUCUUGGUCUUUUUAGGUUUGAGAGAUGAAUUUUUUCCUGAGUAUUAACGUGUGCUUUAUGAAUUUUAGCUGUUUUCAGUGUUUUAUUUAUAGUUUUAAUUUUUUCAGGCUUAAUUUUUUUUUAUUGUUUUCCUGUAUUUUUGUUUAUUUUGAACAUAAAACUUUAUCAGGAAUACAGGGCGUUUCUUCUCUUGUCUCAUUAGUUUUUUUAAAUAAUUUUUUCUUUUUGUUUUUGAAUGUUUUCAUUGAGUUUUUGAUAAAGGAUUUUGACUUUAUCGCGGUGGUUAGAUGUGUAGUCGUUUAUAUGUUUUGUGUUUAUUUCUAGAUCGAAAGGGGAAUUAUUCUCUAAGCGUCCUGUGAUUAUCUCAUAAGGCUUCAGCUUUCAGCUUUAUUACUGUGCGAAUGGUGUUAUUGUAAGCUAAUAAUGCGUAGAUUAUUUUGCCUAUAGGGUGUCUGUUUUAAGUGAUACCACUACAUAUAGCUAUCUCCGAAACGGUAAGAGCUACGAGGUCGGUCAAAUUAGACAAAAGUAGCAGAUUUUAGUGUGCAUUAAAGGUAAGUUGACAAAUUUUUAUUCGUUUCCAAGAUAUGAGGGAAAAUGUAAAAAAUUCCUAAAACUUAUUCAAUGAAUAUUUCAGAAAUUAUCAUCUUUAGAAAAAAGUGUUCAAUACAAAAGUUUCAAUAUUUCUUCUUUUCUACAAAAUGGCGUAAUUGUUAUCUUCACACGGCUUCCAGUUUAUGAGAUAUCAGUACCAACUUAUUUUUUUCAAAUACACACCAGGUUUUUUUAUUCUAUUUUCUAAAAGAAUUUUUGUCGCCCUUUAAAAUGACCUAUAGCAUAGGCAUGUUUCCCGACGUUUUGUUAAGGAAAUAGCCAUCAUCAAUACUUUUUCCUUAGAGAUCGUCUACAUCCAAGGAACUGGUUUUGUAUAGAAAAUUGGUCUUUUACGUCACUCCAUAUGGAAAAAUCCAAUGGGAAGAGGUCGAGUGAAUGAGGCGGCCCGUUUAAGAUGGGACCGUUAUUACCAAUCCAACGAUUGGUCACAAAAUUAUUGAGAAAUCUUGUACCAUUGCGAUAAAAAAAAAGUAGUACAAGAAUUAUCCCCAAUUAAGCUCCCGGUGUAACAUACAAAAUUUUGACAGUAAAUAAACAUUUCAAAAUAUGUUGAGUUCUGGCAAUGACAUAUUCGAGGUUAAGAAAGCGUGGAAAAUGCCAAAAUAAUGUCAUCCGAAGCCAUCUAGGUUGAAACGUUGUCAAAAAAUGCCAAAACAAUUUAAUUUUUGGUUAGAAAUUAAAUUAUUGUAUGAGAGACCAGGAGAGAUUGGAGAUUUUUGUUGUUCUACUUUUUUUUUUAUCACAAUGGUACAUCACUGCGAUCACGCAUGAUAUACGUUUUGACAUAAUUUUUAUAAUAAUGUGUGGUUUAAUCGCAAUAUCCACUAUCCUUGGACCUAUUGAAACUAACAAAUUCAUAGAAAACAGCUUUCCAGGAGAGAUUUGACCGGUAUCAAUUUAUCAAUGUUUGGCUUGGAAUCCUCGACUUCAAAAUAAUGGGUCUUUUCUUUUUUGAAGAGAACCUUAAUGGUAAAGGGUACCUGCGAUUUUUACGGAAUCAUUUGCAGGAUAUGUUAGAUGAUCUUCCUUGAAUUGUAAGCGGAAACUUCCAGUAAAAGGGUGCCCCGGCACAUCGUGAACCCAGAUGUACAAGAUUUCUCAUUAAUGUUCUACCCAAUUGUUGGAUUGGUAAUACCGGUCCCAUGAACUGGCCGCCUUGUUCACUCGACCUCUCCCCAUUGGAUUUUUCCAUAUGGGAUUACAUAAAAAACCAUACAAAACUAGUCCCUUGGAUGUAGAUGAUUACAAACGUAAAAUUCAAGUAGACCAUAGCAAAGUUUCUCUCAGAAUGCUGCAAAACAUCCAAAUAAGAGUGAUAAAAAAUGCAAGACCAGGCUUGAGAAAUAAUGGAGAAUAUUUUCAACACUUACAAUAGUGUUUUUAAAUUUGAAUAUGUAUCUUAUUCGGUUAGUUAUGAAUGUGUUGAAAUUAAAUUAAAAAUGUGUGUAGUUGAAUAAAUUUUCACAUCUCUUUUUGUUGGUAUUUUUUCUUAAUAAAUUUGACAUAUCGCUAUUUAAAACCAAAUUCCAGACAAACAAUAAAAAGUUAUACCUAAUGCAGCAGGAAAUGCCGUAUUGUAGCUUGGUGCGAAAUACAUCAGGUCUGUACUAACGAAAAAAGGUUGAUGAUGGCUAUUUCCGUACUGAAACGUCAGGAAACACGUCAGAGCUAUAGGACAUUUUAAAGGGAGAGAAAACUUCUCCAAAAAAUUAAAAUAAAAAAUCCAGGUCUGUAUUUUAAAAAAUGAUGUUUGUAAUGUUAUCUCGAAAUUUAACAGCGAUGUGAAGAUAACAAUUACACCAUUUUGUAGAGAAGAAGAAAUCUUGAAACUUUUGUAUUGGACACUUUUUUCUAAAGAUGAUAAUUUUUGAAAUAUUCAUUGAAUAAGUUUUGGGCGAGGUUUUAGGUAUUUUUUUACAUUUUUCCUCAUAUCUUGGAAACCAACAAAAAUUUGGCAACCCUGUGAACUUACCUUUGAAGGACACUAAAAUCUGCCACUUUUGUCCAAUUAAACCGACCUCAUGGCUCUUACAGUUUCGGAGAUAGCUAUAGUGGUAUCACUUAAAACGGACACCCUGUACAUCAUCAUUUUUGUACUUUUUUUGGUUGUUUAAAAGUCUAGAAUAAUUGAAUGUAAUCUUUCUAUUAGACCGUUGGAUUCUGGAUGUUGAGAACUUAUAAAGUGUAUGUUUAUUUUGUGUAUUUUCAAUAAUUCUUUUACAACCGAAUUUUUUUAUUUCGAGUCCCUUUUUCCGAAAUAAUUUGCUCUGGGAUACAAUGAUGAGUGAAAAAUUUCAUGAGAUUUUUUGCUACUUCGAUUCGUUGAGCGUUGAGCUGCAUUUAAUUUGUACAUUUGGGCGUAUUUUGAAAAUGAAUCUAUAAUACUGAGAAAUUUACAAUUUUUAAGAGUUAUGCUGUCCAUGUAAGUAAUUUGGAAGGGUUUCGUAGCUGUUGGGGUUACAAUUAGAGUUAAUUUUGGGGGAUGUCUGUCAUACUUAGUUUUUUGACUAAUUUGUAUUCAUUUAUAAAAGUUUGAAUGGAUUUCUGUUGGUUGGGCCAAUAUUAGUUUUUCUUUAUAAGCUGUAGAGUUUCCUCGAUUCCACGAUGAUUUGUUUUACCCUCGUGGUGAUUUCGUAUAGUUUGUAGAAUUUCAUCUUCGUCAAGGACCUCAUGAGUUUUUUGUUGCAUUUCACCAUUUGAAUUUCUGAGUUUUUAAAAUGCUUUUGUAAUAUUGAACUAAAUUUUUCAUAGAUUGGGUCUUCAAAAUAUAGAUAAUAUUUAAUUCUUGGUAGAAGCAUUUCUUCAAUAAAGGUUAUGAUUCCUUUUUCAGCAUUAUUUUUUGAAAAUUGCACAUGAAUUAUUCUGUCAGCGCUCUAGCUAGCUUGUCCAGUAGUUCAUUUAAAUAAGGAAUGGGAUAGCGAUCUCCUAAUGUCUUCAUGUUUUUCUAAAGUCUAUGACAAUUCUCCAAUUUUUGUCCUGAUGCAUCUGCUUUCUUUGGGGACGAUCCAUAUGGUAUGGUGGAUGACUAAGGCGAAUGUGAUGGUCUGAUUAUCUUCUGGUCCAGCAUUUCUUGUAUUUGUUUCUGAACUUCCUUUCGAUGUAUUUUCGGGUACCUUUACGUUUUUGUGUGAACAGGGAUUUCACUAGAAGUUCUUAUUUGAUGCUUUAUUUUAUUUGUCAAUGUCAGCUUGAUGCCUUCCGUAUGGAAAAUAUCAGAGUAUUCCUUCAAUAAUUUUAAGAUUUCUCUUUUUUCUUCUGAAUUCAUAAUGUUGAGUUCUGAUUUUUGACAGAUCGAAUGCCAACUUUUUGAAGUCUUAAAUUAUAAGGAUUUAGUGUGGAAUAAGU